UUGUCCUACUCACCGUGACAUACUUAUUGCGUUAAUAGAGGGGUCAUACAGGACGGACAAGCUGAGUUACCUGGACAGAGCCUCUGGAAACAGAUAGUUUAACCACCACUUCAGUUGACUACCAGGACGAGACAAUCGGAUAUCUGAGAGGGUAAUAUUGAUAGAGAACAAUUGGGAGACUUAGAAAUGGAAACAAUUGAUUUAGUUGGUACAGAUGGGUAGAAAGGAUGGAGGGACUGAAGAGACGGGUGAGGAAUACGCUGUUAAGACCUUGGCUACGUUCGUCCUUAUGCUGUUUGGAUGUGGCUCCGUUGCCCAGGUAACGACAUCUGAAAACAGUAACGGUCACUACCUGUCAAUCAAUCUGGGUUUCGCUCUGGGAACCACCUUUGGAGUCUAUGUUUCCCGUGGGGUGUCAGGUGCUCACCUGAACCCUGCAGUGUCUCUCAGCCUCUGCUUUCUGGGCAGGCAUCCUUGGACACGCCUGCCUUUCUACGUCUUGUUCCAGAUUCUGGGGGCCUUUAUGGCUGCUGCCACCGUAGCCUUGCAGUACUAUGAUGCUAUACAGUUCUACAGCGGUGGUCACCUGACCGUGAGUGGUCCCAAAGCCACAGCAGGCAUCUUCUCCACAUACCCUGCUGACUACCUGAGCCUGUGGGGGGGCAUCAUGGACCAGGUGGUUGGCACGGCUGCUCUCAUGGUGUGUAUCCUGGCUCUGGGGGACAGCAGGAACAGCCCGGCGCCUGCAGGUCUGCAGCCGGUGCUGGUGGGGGCUGUGGUGUUGGUGAUCGGAGUCUCCAUGGGCUCCAACAGUGGCUACGCCCUGAACCCAGCCAGAGACAUUGGGCCUAGACUGUUCACAUACAUUGCUGGCUGGGGGGAUGAGGUGUUUAAGGCGGGACGUGGUUGGUGGUGGGUGCCUUUAGUGGCCACUUGUGCCGGCGCUCUGGUAGGCACACUGAUCUAUGAGAUCCUCAUUGAGGUCCACCAUCCAGAGAAGGGGCUCAUCUCGGAGUCCUCAGCCCAAGGACAGGCCACUGAGAGCAGGCAGGCAGUGGAGCUACAUCCAGAAAAAAAAGACCCUAAGGAUGGACUUGAUGGAACUAUCAUGUGAAAUGGGAGAAUAGUGGGAUUUUAAACUGUUAUAUCCUAAAGGGCUAUAAGAUUACACUCUUUUCAAGACACUAGUGUAUGUGUCACAAUUAUAAACAGAGGAAUGAUUAUCUAUCUGUAUAAAAUACUGUAGUUGUAAAUGUGCCUAAAUUAAAAAUACAAUACUGUCCCUAAACAGUUAUAUAAAGCUUCUUCAAUGACUGGACAGAAGUAUAGGCUUGAAAAAGCAAAGUUAUCCCGUACACAUUUAUUUUGAAACGGCACAUAAAAUGUAUGGCAAUUCAGCACACAGACCACAAUACAGAUGGAAAAUAAAAGCGGAAUCAUUAUUUAUCUAUAGUACCUUCGGAAAGUAUUCAGACCCCUUCCCUUUUUCCACAUUUUAUGUUACAGCCUUAUUCUAAAAUGGAUUCAAUGAAAACUUGACUGGUACUGUAUAUACAGUGCAGUCAGAAAGUAUUCAGACCCCUUGAAUUUGUUACGUUACAUCCUUAAGCUAAAAUUGAAUAGUUUCUUCCCCUUCAAAUCUACAGCUGUCAGGUUGGAUGGGGAGCCUCGCUGCACCCAUCUUCAAGUCUCUCCAGAGAUGUUCGAUCGGGUUCAAGUCUGGACUCUGACAGGGCCACCCUAGACAUUGAUACUUGUCCUGAAGCAACUCCUGUGUUGUCUCGGCUGUGUGCUUAGGGUCAUUGUCCUGUUGGAAGGGGAACCUUCAUCCCAGUCUGAGGUCCUGAGUGCUCUGGAGCAGGUUU